AUGUCGAACGAGUGGCUGCGAGCCUCGCCGGCCUUGUCUCCCAGUAGCCUGCUAUAUAUGGUGCCACACAGACGGUACGACCAAGCCGUUCGGGAAUGGCAAAAGGAUCCGGGCUGGUCGGAUCGACUGCAUCGGAUCAACAUUGAUCUCGGAGAGGAGCCGCCAAUGUUGGAUGCCGUUGACAAGGUUAAGUCCCUUGUCCAGAACACGCGGAGGUGGCUACAGGACAAGGACGAGAAGUGCCGCAUCCACGCCAUAGAGUGUGAGCUGGUGGCGAGCACCUUCUACUUUGAGCGGCGCGGUAAUGCAGGCAAAGAUGAAGGCUCACCUAUCCACGUCAAAGGCGUCAUCGGAUGUCGUAUCUUCGAAAUGGCCGAAGUGAUGGCGCCGGGGAAAUUUCUCUUAUCUUAUAUCUACGAUCCGACCCUGUUCGUCAUUAAUAAGGCCACCCAGGACAAGGUCGUAGAAAUGCCAAUAAAAACAAUGGUGUUGUAUGGUCUUUCUGAUCUUGUGGAAGUGGAUAUCACGGUCUUGGAAGAAGCUGUCCUUACAAGCAUAGAUCUGAAGUUGGAGCGAGAAGGGCUACGGGAUCAGCGCCUGUAUCGCUUGAGCCUGUUCCUGAGAAAACUGAUCAAGCAGGACUCCAAAUAA